UUCAUUCAUUUAUUUACCUCACAAAAGUAAAUGAGAGAAGGACGAACACCCUCAGCUCUAAGAAACCGCUCAUAUAAACCCCGCCCACUUACACGUCAUUCUAUUUGGGCUCACCCCACGGUAUAAGUGAAGCAGUGAACUAUAACAACACAAUCCACAAAUACAUCUUCUCCGCAUAAAGUCCACUUUGGGGAUAGAGUGGUUUAAUAAACACAGAGUAAUAUGAAGUCUCUCAUGUAAAAUGUAAGCGGACUUGCAGCCUGUAACCGAUUUCAUUGGGCGUCACCACACGGCACAGAAGCAACAAGCCAGGGGAGAUGUUGUGAAUGGGUUGCCCCAGGUGACCGGCACUCCCGGCGGAAGCGGGCGGAACCAUCUCAUAAACACCCCUCCCGCUAGGAAUAAGGAGGUUUCUUUGACAGUUUAGAAUGGGCGAGAUAAAACGCUAGAAAGCUGCGGCAGCUGAUUGGCUUUCACCGACGCCAGUCGAGUUCUGUCUCCUCCCCGUGCAUGACGCUGUUGGCCGGCUGGUGUAGUGCUCUGCGGGGAGGUCGCUUGAAUAGAGCAUGGCGGCGCAGGAGGAAGGGGAGUGCGCCGGGGCCGUCAUACACUAACGCCUUGGCCAGCUCGCUGUGACACCGGGGACUGCUGUUUGCGGACACCUCGGAAAGACCGCACCUCGCUUACACCGGAUUAAUUGCUUUGUUCUUCUGUAACCGCCGCUACCUGAGUGACUGACGGCCGGGCCCCGGUACUCUUGUGUCGGACACAUCCCGGGGCCCCUCGGACUAAACCCUGUGAUAUUCAGGUGUCCGUUUGUUCUGGAGGAUGAGAACCACUUGUGUAUGUGAUACCGGCGUCUCCCCGGGCUUCACUAACCGGCUAUCCCAAUAACCGGCUCUCCCAAUAACCGGCUCCCCACCUGUCAGAGUUGCCAGUUCUGCUCACCUCUCUGCCCUCACUCUGACCACUUCCGCUUCCUUCUCCCACUCAAGCUUGGCCAUCCCCGGGUCCUAUCCACUCCCUGAUCAUUACACGAGUCUCCCCCAGUGUGUGAGUAACUGGCCCAGCCUGGGCUCCUCUAAAUCACUGGCACCUUUACAUCACUUCCGGCUGCUCAGCCGAGCUCUACAAGCAACUCCUUUGCACCAAGGCCUGGCCCCUUCCAAAUUAGAGUUACUGCUUCUCCUCCCCAAGUUACACUUCUACCCGCCCCUCUCAAUCCUAAUUCUGGGUAAUCUGUUUUAUAGCCCUUCAGUGUUUGCCCAAUCCUGUGAGACCCUUUAAUCCCUAACUCCCUUUACUUACCUGCCUUAGCACCCAGGUCCCAAUUAUACACCCCCGGUGACACACACAAGUAAACUUUCCUUAACCCCCUCCCCAAUCCGCGGUACCUCUCUCCUAGUUACAGAGAAACCUAUUCUACCUGUGCAGCCACUGUGAUAACCUGCACCUGCUUUCUGGCACCGCUGGGCCUUUCCUACUGAAAUCUGCUCCUCUUCCUUUCUGCACAAUCUCUGCCUCUCCAAUUGCAACUGGCCCCUGUGAUCCCGACCUCAACGUUUUGAAGCAACUCCAGUGUCUGCUGUUCCCAGUUGAUCCUGACAUCCUACAUUAGUUCCAUACUCAGAGCACUGUAUAACUGUUGUUGGCAGUGUCGAGUCCUUGGAGGGGGGUUUGGACUUGCCAUUUGCUUGGCACAGAGUGGUAGAGAAUCCCAAGCAGACUGGCACUAUUUGACUCUGGCAGAAAACAAGCUAACCUUUGGAUUGUGCAUGACUUGGAACCAGGCUGUUUUACAUCUGGCAUACUUGUUUUAUCUGUGCAGUUCCUGAUGAUGGAUUAAAAAUAAAUUGGAGGGCAGACUAAACCCCAAGGUGUUGCAAGUGCUAGUGGAGGCAGUCUUGCAUGGGACCAGUAUGGAGCAUUGGCCGGAGAACUGGAAGGAUUGUUUACAGACUGGCCCGCACUCCUUUUAGCCAUAGUGUGUUAUGACUAGGUGAUACUGCUCCACAAAAAUCUGGUGAUCACAGGGCUGCCUGGACCAGGGAGUAGAUAUCCUUUGUUCCUGAUUAGAUUGACCCACUACCCAAGCUGUCUCAGAUGCCUUCAGCCUUGGCAAUCUUCACCUGCCGCCCCAACUCCCACCCUUUCCAAGAGCGCCAUGUCUACUUGGACGAGCCCGUCAAGAUUGGCCGCUCCGUGGCUCGCUGUCGCCCAGCACAGAACAAUGCAACCUUUGACUGCAAGGUGCUGUCAAGAAACCAUGCGCUUGUCUGGUUUGACCACAAGACUGGCAAGUUCUACCUUCAAGACACUAAGAGUAGUAACGGUACCUUCAUAAACAGCCAGAGGCUGAGCCGAGGUUCUGAAGAAAGUCCACCAUGUGAGAUCCUUUCAGGGGACAUCAUUCAGUUUGGGGUAGACGUAACAGAAAACACCAGGAAAGUGACCCACGGCUGUGUAGUGUCCACUAUAAAACUCUUCUUGCCAGAUGGGCUCGAGACGCGGCGACGAUCAGAUGUCAUCCCAGCUGCGUUACCCAGUCCCAUUGACAAGGUUGCUGCUCACACUCCCAGUAUGUACUCUCAGGAACUCUUCCAGCUUUCCCAGUAUCUACAGGAGGCCUUACACCGGGAACAGAUGUUGGAACAGAAGCUGGCCACUCUUCAGAGACUAUUAGCCAAUACACAGGAAGCCUCAGAUACAAGUUGGCAGGCUCUUAUAGAUGAAGACCGGCUGCUAUCAAGAUUAGAAGUGAUGGGGAACCAGCUGCAGGCUUAUUCCAAGAGUCAAACGGAUGAUGGAAUAAGAAAGGAGCUGAUCUCUUUGCAAGAAGACAAACACAACUACGAGACAACAGCCAAAGAGUCCCUGAGGCGGGUCCUUCAGGAGAAGAUAGAGGUGGUGCGGAAGCUGUCUGAAGUAGAGCGGAGUCUGAGUAACACAGAAGAUGAAUGUACCCACCUGAAGGAAAUGAAUGAACGGACUCAAGAAGAAUUGCGAGAACUGGCCAACAAGUACAAUGGAGCUGUGAAUGAGAUGAAAGAUCUUGCAGACAAACUCAAGGCGGCAGAAAGUCGGCAGGAGGAAAUCCAACAGAAAGCUCUAGCUGAGAAAAAAGAACUGCAGAAUAAAAUUGAUGAAAUGGAAGAAAAGGAACAGGAACUACAAGCUAAAAUCGAGGCCUUGCAAGCAGACAAUGACUUCACCAACGAACGACUUACCGCCUUACAAGUACGAUUAGAGCAUCUUCAGGAGAAAACACUUAAGGAACACAACAGCUUAGGCAUCCAAGUUGGUGACUUCCUACCCAAAAUCAACGGCAAUGCAGAUAAAGACUCGCUCAUAGACCAACAACACCUGACAAGAGGAGACCAGGAGCAGCAGCGCUUUAAAGAGAGUCCCCCGGAAGCCAAGGAGUCCGAUCUCUCCGACACACUCAGCCCGUCCAAAGAGAAAAGCAGUGACGACACUACAGACGGCCAAAUGGACGAACAAGAGCUUAAUUCCCCUAACAAAGUAACUCUAUUAAAAGAUGAGCUGCAUCAUGCUGGGGCGAAUGAGACAAAACCAGAAAUCCAACCGCUGCGCAAGGAGCUUCUAGAGGCACAAGAGGUGGUCAAAUCAAGUAAACAAAAAUGCUUAGAACUUCAAGCUCUGUUGGAAGAGGAAAGGAGAGACAGCAGACUGCAAGCUGAGGAAUCCACUAAGCAAAUUCAGCAUCUCCAAGCCCAGCUGCAGAGGUUACAAAAAGAAAUCGAGCUCUUGCGUGAGCAGAAGGAGAGUGAGAUCGGCAGAACUCGGGAGGCACUGACCAACGCUCAGGAAGAGAUCGAGAUCCUGAAACGUGUGUCGGAACAGGUCGCCUCGGAGCGGGAAGAGGACAUAUCUGAACUGCAGGGAGAAUUGCAGGAGGUGCGCUUUGAGCUGGAACACUGGCGCAAGAAAGCCUCGCAGUAUGAAAAGGAGAUCGAGAACCUGCAGGCCAGCUUCCAAGCGCAGAGCCAGGAGCGAGAGCAGCAACAGAAGAAAGAGUCUGCCCAGUGGCAGGCUGAACUGGAGGGGUUAAGACAGAAUGUGAGUUCCCUGGAAGGUGAAUGCCGUGACCUGCAGAAGGACAAUACUCUGCUGAGUGAUCAGUGCCAGAGGAUUGAGAGAGAACUUCAGAGCUCUCAGAAACAAUCCCAAGAUCUCACCAAUGACCUCAGUGUCCUUCAACUUAGUCGAAAAGAACUUGAAAACCAGAUGGGCUCCUUGAAGGACCAGAAUCAGAGAGAGGCGGCCAACUUGAAGAUUCAGCUUAAAGAGGCAGAAAAGAGAGUCGUUGGAGUUCAGCAAGACUUUGACAACACCCAGUUGAAGCUCUCCGAGCUCAGAGACACCUUUGAAAAGGCUGAACAGGAGAAGCAGUUGGUGGUGGAGGAGCUGAAACAGUGUAAAGAGAAUCUGAAGCUGCUGCAGGAUAAAGCAACAAAUCCUUCCGUGUUACUUCCCGUCCCCGCCAUUUACAUGGGACUAGUCCUGGCCUUCCUCUACUGGUGUUACGGCCUGUUGUGCUAGAGAAAGAGACAGUGGCCUUGGAUCACCGUGGUGGCCGCAGCCUUGUUUGCCGUGACUGCCGUAAUGUUGUAUCCCGGGCUCACCAAAGGCACCCCAUGAAUCUGCUCAUGACCCCCCGCUAUUGCCGACCCUCUGGAGGUCCAGACAGAUCCCUAAUCUUUUUAGGGCCUCUGCUUUCAGCUGUCAUAUAUAUACGGCAGCCAGGGGGCGACGUCUCACCUGCAGACUUUUUUUCCCCUUUAGGAUCGGAAAUUCUGCUCCUGCGGCCAGGGGAUGGGGGAGGGGGUGGAUCUUCAGCACCAAAUUAUUUAUGAUGUUUGGGUUUGUGGCUCUUUUACUCUGAUUGUGAAGAAUUAAAAUGAUAAAACUUGUUAAACGAUUGGAUACGACUGCCCUGGUGCCGCUCAGCUUCUGACUCACGACACAAUUUCCGCUCUUAUUGGUCACAACUGAUGGGCAUCUAUUAAUUAUUAUUAUUAUUAUUAUUAUAUCUUCCAUUUGUGGCUGUUUAGCAACUCCACACCCUGUAGCCUCUGCCAGAAGAGGAUGCUGGGAGUUGUAGUUGAGCGGAGACUGAUGAGUUUAAUGCACCUGAUUUUGGUAAGUUUUGUCCCCUUUCAGUUCAUAUCUCUGUGUAUAAUCGUGUCUUGUGCCCAUGGAAUCCAUUCGCUCACUCCUUCUUCCCGUUCUCAAUGGAAUAAAUCGGGGGGACGCUUCUCUUUUAUCUGAGAUGUGGGUGAAAUUUGUAUAUUCAGCGGAGGAGAAUGAAUUGUUUCUGUACUGAAGCUUUAAUGGACAGUUGAUAGUGGCCCCGGGGCCCCAGCACAGGAUCUAUAUAUAUAUCUGUAUAGUUCUGUAUAGUUCUAGUGGCACAGGGAUGGGGCUUGACCACCCAAUGUUAUAGGGACUGUAGUGGCUACAAAUGGGUUCCGUGGGGUCAAUCCUUUUUUAUGGGGGGCAGGACAUCUGCAGGUGUUUGGGGGGGGGAUUGACCCUCAGUCUCAUGAUUUCUCUCAACAUUUAUAGUGAAUUCAGUGUGUAGAGGGGUCUUAAUCCUGGGGGGAUGAUGAUGAUAAAGGCCAAGCGUUGGGGCCCCAGUCCCUUAUAGUUGAGGGGCCCAUGUUAGUAACUGUCAGUUUUAUGUGUCGGCAUUUUCAGAGGUUGUUGUGUUGGGGCCAAUGUCUUGGGAGCAGAGGAAUUGGAAAGACUUAUAACCCAGGAGCUGAUGUUGUACUGUCAGGGCUACUGGGAGUUGUAGUUUAACAGCAGCAGCUCCAAUACUAAAGAUCUCUGUUAUUACACAAGGUUAUUUGCUAAUAAGGUUUCACGGCCAACGAGUCCAAUUUAAGGUCCCGGUGUCAUGAGCUUCAUUGUGGCCCCUCAGCCAAUCAAGGGCCCAACCCUGCAGGGAACACGUAGGUUCUGUUGUGUAUUUUGCUCCUGGAAACCCUUUAUAUGAGAACUCUGGUUCCCCGGGUUAUUGGAGGCGACUAAAUACCUUGUGUUUGGACUUUAGGGGCAAUUUCUGGUUGGCUGUAAAGACACAUAAUUGGCUAUUUACCCACGACCCAGAAACAGAAUUCAGCAGCCUAUAGACAUGUGUGAGACGUUAUAGGGGCCCCCGUAUUAUAUGUACUUGAGAUAUACUUGGUGUGGCCCCUUGACCAUUUAGGAGCCGUGUAGAUUGGGCAUCCGUGUUGGUGAUUGUUAUUGGCCAAUGCCGUUAUGUUCACCGCCCCUGUUUUACUGCUGAGCUCCUCCCAUACUGCAGCACUACAGCUUAUUGGAGCCACGCCCACGAGGAGCUUUCAGACCUAUUAAUUUGUGCAUUCGGGGGGUUAUGUUGUGCUUAGAGAUCGGGGUGGGGGGGGAGUUAACCCAAUAAUGACUGUACUGGUUUUAGGGAGCAAAGUCUGUGCUCUUGGUGCACUUUCACCAUUGGCCCACCCCGCCAAGACCAACUGCAGGUUGGAUAAGAAUGAUGUCUACAUCCUGCUGGAAUUUAAAGGGGAAGUUAUUCCUCAAUUGUCUUUAUGGGAAAGUGCAGGAAGGUUCCAGGAUCUGAUUGUAAGAGAUAAUCAUCCUGUGGCCCUUCAGUUGUCUUUAUACAACUCCCAGCAAGCCUUGGGCAAGAUGGUGGGCAAGAGCUGGAGGGCUUCUGUACACUUCUCUUUUCUGCACACGCUUCCAGCAGCCCCCCACUCUGAGGCACAUCAUGUUCCUGUGUCUUUUUAUUCAACACGUAGAAUCAACUUGCGGCCCCAAACCUGGUGCUUAGGGGGGACGUGUGCCGUACGUGUGUCUGACGUGUGACGUUGUGAGAUCAAUUGUGUCUGUAAUAGGGAGAAGUUACGGACUUUAGACUCACACCGAUCUAUAGGGGAAUUUGCAGGGGACGGGGGGCCCCCCAGAUAUAGGGUAUUGGCUCCUGUAUAAGGAGAGGCCUGGAGUUAACCCCUCGGAUCCCAGGAGUUGCGCUUUGUUUUUGUGCUUGUGGGGGGGAUAUUUAAUAUUGGGGGAGAGAUUUCGGAGGUUCCACGUCUCGCUCAGCUGCAGCCGCUCCCCAUGAGACGCCCGUGGGUGCCCCGCACCUCUUGUAUAUACUGUAGGUUCUUGCAAAUAUUCUUCUGCUAAAGUUCACAAGGACAUUUUUUUAAGUAAAUCAUUGUUUUAAAUCUAUUUUGUAAAGAUACAAUAAAUAAAAAGGUUCCAUAGAAUUUCUGGAGCACAGAUGAAACUAUUUGCACUAACAAAUGUGACGUGCAUGAUUUAAUAAAUAACUUUACUCUCA